CCGAUGAGUGAGAUAACCGUGAGAUAACCGCCGACCGACCAUGGCCCCCAACCCCAACCAUCGAACACCACCCCGGCCACGCACUGUCACAUUGGGUGAAUCGUGCCUGAUCUGCCAUCGAUCGUCAUCGUCCUGGCCUCUCAUCACAGUGAUAGUCGCAUCUGCCUCCGUAGCGGUCUUGGGACACGGGUCGGUGAGCCCAGCCUCAGCUAUGAACAAGCAGGUGAACUCGCAUUCAAUGAAACCAAACCCCCCCCCCCAAGAUGAAAGGUAAAACGAAGGCUUUUUCCUUGCCACCUGCUGGGAAGUCUUGGGUCGCCUUCC